CGCGGAGCCGGCCCCGCGCGCGCGCCCCGUGCACCCCCGCGCCUGCGCGCUGCCCAGGCCCAGCCCGUGUGUGGGGGGCGCUGCCGGCCCUGGGGGGGUGGGGAAAGAGGGGGGGAAACAGCGCGCGGAACCCGGCCAGGGUUGCCCGCUCCCGCCACAAUGGCCUCGGGGGUGGAAGUCCUGCGCUUCCAGCUGCCCGGCCACGAGGCCGCCACGCUGCGCAACAUGAACCAGCUCCGCGCGGAGGAGCGCUUCUGCGACGUGACCAUCGUGGCCGACAGCCUCAAGUUCCGUGGCCACAAGGUCAUCUUGGCCGCCUGCUCCCCGUUCCUGCGGGACCAGUUCUUGCUGAACCCCAGCUCCGAGCUGCAGGUCUCCCUGAUGCACAGUGCUCGCAUCGUGGCCGACCUGCUCCUCUCCUGCUACACGGGCGCCCUGGAGUUCGCCGUCAGGGACAUCGUCAACUACCUGACGGCCGCCUCCUACCUGCAGAUGGAGCACGUGGUGGAGAAGUGCCGAAACGCCCUCAGCCAGUUCAUUGAGCCCAAGAUAGGCCUCAAGGAGGAUGCGGUCGGCGAGGCUAGCCUCGCGAGCAGCGCCAGCGCCACCAAACCCCUCCUCCCGCCCGCUAGGACCCCGAAGCCGGCCCCCAAGCCCCCGCCCCCUCCUCCUCUACCCCCUCCGCUCCUGCGGCCAGUGAAGCUAGAGUUCCCCCUGGACGAGGACCUGGAGCUGAAAGCGGAGGAGGAGGAUGAGGAUGAGGAUGAGGAUGUGUCUGACAUCUGCAUUGUCAAGGUGGAGUCGGCCCUCGAGGUGGCGCACCGGCUCAAACCCCCCGGAGGCCUGGGAGGGGGUCUGGGUAUCACGGGCUCCGUGAGUGGCCACCUGGGGGAGCUGGCCCAGAGCAGCGUGGCCCCCAGCACCGUGGCCCCACCGCAGGGUGUGGUGAAGGCCUGCUAUAGCCUGUCUGAGGAUGCAGAAGGGGAGGGCCUGCUGCUGAUCCCUGGGGGCCGAGCCAGUGUGGGGGCCACCUCGGGCCUCGUGGAAGCAGCUGCGGUGGCCAUGGCUGCCCGGGGGGCGGGGGGCAGCCUGGGGGCAGGGGGUGGCCGGGGGCCCCUGCCUGGGGGCUUCUCCAGCGGAAACCCCUUGAAGAACAUCAAGUGCACCAAGUGCCCGGAAGUGUUCCAGGGUGUGGAGAAGCUGGUCUUCCACAUGCGCGCGCAGCACUUCAUCUUCAUGUGCCCGCGCUGCGGCAAGCAGUUCAACCACAGUAGCAACCUCAACCGCCACAUGAACGUGCACCGCGGCGUCAAGUCGCACUCCUGUGGCAUCUGCGGCAAGUGCUUCACGCAAAAGUCCACGCUGCACGACCACCUCAACCUGCACUCGGGGGCGCGGCCCUACCGCUGCUCCUACUGCGAUGUGCGCUUUGCCCACAAGCCGGCCAUCAGGCGGCACCUCAAAGAGCAGCAUGGCAAGACCACGGCAGAGAACGUGCUGGAGGCUAGCGUGGCCGAGAUCAACGUCCUCAUCCGCUAGCUGGGGGCAGGCGUGGCGGCCGGGGUCGUGUGGGGCUGGAGAGGCUCCUGGGCCCCUGAGGAUCGAGGAUCGGGUGGGCGGGCAGACGCGUCCAGGGGGAGGGAGGGAGGGCGAAGAUUACUUGGAGAAAAGAUCCUGCUUCUCAGAGAAAGGCUGGAGCUGGGGACAAGGUUCUUUUACAAACCCAAGGAAAUGUGGGGCCCCAGAGUGAUUUUCAUAGAGAUGCAUGGAUGUGGAGGGAGGGGAAAAGGUUGCAUAGAAUG